ACGACCUUGGUGACCACAUAUCAAACGGCCCUGUGUUAAAUAAAAUUCAUCAACACUCGAAAAUACAUAUCCAACCAAAGAAGAAACACAAAUUUUGCAGUUUGCACGUAAAUAAUGAAUGGAGGCUAUUAUUAUUUGGAGAGAGAGAGUUAAUAAACACAUAUCUCGAAUGAUUGAAAAGAUCCGCAGAGAGAGAGAGGAGAAGGUUUAAUAUAAUAUUUUGUUAGGAGUAUUAUAUGGGGGUUAAAUAAUGCAAGGCAUGUAUAUAUGUGUGUGCAUUUCAAGGAAGAAUUAAUAGUAGAGUAGAAAUAUAGAAACAGAGCAUAGAAAUUGUAAAGAUAGGGAUCCUCUUCUCCAGCCACCGUCCCUCUUCAGAUUUACAUCCUUUUUUUAAUUCACUAAGAAGGAAAUCUUUUCAUCUCUCUCUUCAGAUCUAUCCAUUCCAUCAUCUCUCUCUCUCUCUCUCUCUCUAGGAAAUGGGUACAGGUUGGAGAAGAGCAUUUUGCAACACUCUCCCGAGAGACAGGGUCGCGGCGGAGUCGGAUCAGCAGAGACCCACCAGAAGCAAUCCUUCCACUCCUCGCUUGCGUUGCAAGAGUAUGGAGAAGAACAAGAUUGAUGCGAUGAAUCCCAAGCUGGAAUGCAAAACUACCAACUCCACGCCCACAACUCAUUCCAGAAUCCGCUUCAGCUCGGCGCCGUCUUCUCCCAGAUCCCCUUUCUCUAUCCUCAAAAACUCGCUGCGCCUAUCCAGAAACAGUUGUGGAGUGUGUAUGCAGAGCGUCAAGAGCGGGCAAGGAACUGCAAUCUACACGGCGGAGUGCGGCCACGCCUUCCACUUCCCCUGCAUCGCCGCCCACGUCGGGAAGCAGAGCGCGCUCGUCUGCCCCGUCUGCGCCGCCGUCUGGAAGGAUGUCCCUCUGCUCGCCAUCCACACGCAACAAAACCGCCAACAAGAGGAGAAGAUUGUCCGAAUCGAUCCCGCCGCCGCCCCUCUCUCUAGCCCUAAAAUCAACAGAAGGUGCGACGCGGCGGUUUACGCCGACGAUGAGCCCUUGCUCACGCCCAAAUUCAAUCCUAUUCGGGAGUCUGUGGUGGAUGAAGGGGAGGAUGAGGUUGAGGAGUUUCAAGGGUUCUUCGUCAAUCCCGUUUCCAGCAGCGACGACGCUUGCUCCUUCAACAACGCCGAUUCCAGAACGGUGGAGGUCACCGUCCUCCCCGACGCCGCCGUCAUCUCCCAGGGCCGCACGCAUGAUACCUACGCCGUUGUUUUGAAGGUCAGAGCGCCGCCUCCACCGCACGUCCCCGACGCCGCGAAGCGCGCGCCGAUCGACCUGGUCACGGUCCUCGACGUCAGCGGCAGCAUGACCGGCGCCAAGCUGGAUAUGCUCAAGCGAGCCAUGCGCCUCGUCAUCGCCUCUCUCAGCUCGGCUGACCGCCUCUCCAUCCUGGCGUUCGCCGCCGCCCCGAAGCGGCUGCUGCCUCUGCGGCGGAUGACGCCUCAGGGCCAGCGAGCGGCGCGGAGGAUCAUCGAUCACCUCGGCUGCAGCCACGGCUCCAGCAUGGCGGAGGCUCUCAGGGAAGCCACUCGCGUGCUCGAGGAGCGGCGCGAGAGGAACCCCGUAGCGAGCAUUAUACUACUAUCCGACGGCCGCGAUGACGGAGGCGCUGCCGCCAACGACGAGAACAGCCAACGCUGCGCUUCGUCUCACUCAACUCGUUUCUCGCACGUGGAAAUACCGGUGCAUUCAGCCGGCUUCAGCCGCGAGCCGGCGGAGAACGCCUUCUCGAAAUGCGUAUCCGGCUUAUUGAGCGUUGUGGUUCAAGAUGUGAAAAUCCAACUCGGGCUGGCGUCCGGGUCGGAUCCGGCUGAGAUUAUGGCGGUUUAUUCAUGCAAUGAGCGGCCAUCGGUUCUCGGGUCGAGCUGCAUCCGCCUGGGCGAUCUGUACGCGGAGGAGGAGAAGGAAUUACUCAUGGAAAUCCGGGUCCCGGCAUCCCGGGUCGGGUACGGGUCGCACCACGUGCUUUCGGUUAAAUGCUGUUACAAGGAGCCGGCCACGCAGGAGCUGAUCUUCGGCAAGGAUGAGGCGCUGCUGGUGCCGAGGCCCCAAUCCGUCCGAUCCGGAUUGCCGAGGAUCGAACGGCUGAGGAAUGUCUUCAUCACCAGCCGAGCCGUGGCCGAGUCGCGGCGGCUGAUCGAGCACAACGAGCUGUCCAGCGCCAUGCAGCUGCUGUCCUCGGCUCGAGCGCUGCUGCUGCAGACGACUUCGGAUUUGGCCGGAGAAUAUGUGAGAGGGUUGGAGGCGGAGCUGGCGGAGUUGCAGUGGAGGAGACACCACCAGCAGCAAGUGGCGCUGCGGCGGCGGCGGAGCAGUGAGGAGAGAGAAAUUGGAUUGUUUGUUGAUGAGAAUGGGGAGCCGCUGACGCCGACGUCGGCUUGGAGAGCCGCUGAGAAGCUGGCUAAAGCGGCUCAGGUUAAGAAAUCUUUUAACAGAGUCAGCGAUUUGCACGGCUUUGAAAAUGCUAGAUUUUAGCUAAUUUCCUCUUUUAAGUAUUUUUUUAAUCUAAUUUUACCCCUUUUCUUGUCCUAGCGAAUAAGAAUUGGCUGGAAAAAAUUUGAUUAGAGAGAUAUUGAAGAAAAGAUUGAAAAUUUGAUACAAAAGCCCGGCCCAUUUACCUUGAGCCCACAGCCACAAGUUAUGCUUUGGUAGGAAGCUUAAUCUUAUUCUGUUUGUUGAUUUUUACUUAUAUACAGUACAAAAUGAGAUCGAAAUUUGAAA